AGCCUGAUGUGCUGCUCAGUACUUUGCUGAUGGCAGAGGGGAUAUCACAUGGAAAAAGCCAAUGAGACCUCCCCUGUGAUGGGGUUCACUCUCCUGGGGCUCUCUGCCCACCCAGAGCUGGAAAAGACAUUCUUCGUGCUCAUCCUGCUAAUGUACCUGGUGAUCCUGCUGGGCAACGGGGUCCUCAUCCUGGUGACCAUCCUUGACUCCCGCCUGCACACACCCAUGUACUUCUUCCUGGGGAACCUUUCCUUCCUGGACAUCUGCUUCACUACCUCCUCAGUCCCACUGGUCCUGGACAGCUUUUUGACUCCCCAGGAAACCAUCUCCUUCUCAGCCUGUGCUGUGCAGAUGGCACUCUCCUUUGCCAUGGCAGGAACAGAGUGCUUGCUCCUGAGUGUGAUGGCGUUUGAUCGCUAUGUGGCCAUCUGCAACCCCCUUAGGUACCCUGUGAUCAUGAGCAAGGCUGCCUAUGUGCCCAUGGCUGCCAGCUCCUGGGCUAUUGGUGGUGCUGCUUCCAUGGUACACACAUCCUUGGCAAUUCAGCUGCCCUUCUGUGGGAACAACAUCAUCAACCACUUCACCUGUGAGAUUCUGGCUGUUCUCAAGUUGGCCUGUGCUGACAUUUCCAUCAAUGUGAUCAGCAUGGAGGUGACAAAUGUGAUCUUCCUGGGAGUCCCGGUUCUGUUCAUCUCUUUCUCCUAUGUCUUCAUCAUCGCCACCAUCCUGAGGAUCCCCUCAGCUGAGGGGAGGAGAAAGGCCUUCUCCACCUGCUCUGCCCACCUCACUGUGGUGAUUGUCUUCUACGGGACCUUAUUCUUCAUGUAUGGGAAGCCCAAGUCUAAGGACUCCAUGGGAGCAGACAAAGAGGAUCUUUCAGACAAACUCAUCCCUCUUUUCUAUGGGGUGGUGACCCCCAUGCUCAACCCCAUCAUCUACAGCCUAAGGAACAAGGACGUGAAGGCCGCUGUGAGGAGCCUGCUGAGACCAAAAGGCUUCACUCAGUGAUGGUGGAGGGGUCCUCUGUGAUUGUCACCCACAUGGAAGUAAGGAAUCACAAUCACAUCAGC